CUUUUAUUAUUUAAUACGGAAAACAAAGGUAACCGUUACCCAUUUCUUAAAUUCACCACCUCCAUACACAUGCAGACAUAAGCACGAACAACUGAUUUGUGAUGUUUUAUUAAAAGUAUUAUGCUACGAAAAUAGAGGCCCGCACCGGAUUCCAGUUAUUGCAACACCACAAUUCCAGUUAUUUAAUAAGGCAUCCGGUCAAUUCAUUCACUUUUCCCAUUAGCAGAAAAGAAACGCCCUCCUUGCUUCCGGUGCGAAAGCUUGUGGCGGAGAUGUGGGGAUCAUUAAACACCCCCCCCCCCCCCACUCUGCUCGAAUAGUCCACGGCAAUUACUGAAACUCAGCGAAUCAUGUCCUUUCUCGCAGCGACUGGCAGAGAAAUUGUAGAAUUCUGUUAGCAUUAGAGCAGAAGUGGUUUGGGAUACCGACUCUCGAGAUUGGAUUUGGCUAUCACUUUUCUUUGCGAUUGCUUCUUGUACUUUUUGGUCUUCAGCCAUAAAACCGAGAGACAAAAUUUAAAAAAAAAACACGUAGACUGAGACUUUUGGAGCUUAUUCUCAUCCCCCGUUGCUGCCCCGCUUUAAACUAAACCAAAUGAAACUUCCAUCUGGCGAGAAUUGUCGCCCACGGGAGUCGGGGUACAACGCGCCGAAAAGUUAACAUUUUCUCCAAGGGGACUUGCGAAGAAGAAGCGAGCGAGGAGAGGAAGAGUGGGCUCGGGGGUGGGGCUCAUGAAGCUCUCCUGCCAGGAGCCAGUUGAAACCACGCAUACAGACACAUACACUCACUCACUCAGAAAGAGAGGAGGUCCGACGCUGGCCAGCGCCUCUGAUUUCCUACAGUGAAGGCUCAGCUCGCUUUAAUUCGCACCACCCUGCGAAGACGUAUCACACGGCUCUCGGCUGCAACCCCCGACCCCAUAAACCUCUUACUCCACCCCCAUUUUUCCCUUUCCAGCUUCCUGACAGUUUCUUGCUCCCUCCCUCCCAGCGUGGCUUUAUAAGGAAGUUGAAAGCCUGGACUGGGGGAAGCCGGCGAUACCAUGACUGGGUCCAGUUUAGUACAAACUUUAGGCCGUUGCAACAACGUUAGAGCGUGUGUCCCGGCUCGGCUCAUCACGCCCCUGACACUGGCGCUGCUCCUGUUCGGGGGCUCGGCUUGCGUCGGCUCGUCAGACCCCUGCCCCAGGCUUUGCGAAUGCUCCGAGCCGGCGAAGACGGUGAAGUGCAUUAACCAGGAACUGAGCGCCAUCCCGAGCGGUAUCCCGGCCAGCGUCAGGAAGCUCUUCAUCACGGGCAACGGCAUCUCCACUCUCACUGCAGGGGCAUUCGGCCAUUCGCUGGAACACCUCACCACCCUCAGCCUGAGCGGCAACAAGAUCCAAACCAUCGAGGCGCUGACGUUCGCUUCCAUGCCCAGUUUGACGCAGCUGGACCUCAGCAACAACUGCAUCUCCUCGCUGAACCCUGAGGCUUUCGGCAGCGGAGGAGGUGCCCACAGCCUGCGGGACCUCAACCUGAGCCGGGCGCUGUUCAACGGUUCCAUGGUGGAGCAAGUCACGGAGCUGCUCCAGAACGGCAGCCUCGCCAACCUGGAGACCCUCAAGCUGUCCAACAACGAUCUCUUCUACUUGCCCGCCCGCACUUUCUCCCACUUAACCAGCCUAAGGCAAUUGGAUCUGAGGAAUAAUUCAUUCGUUGUCUUCAGGAACAUUUUCCAAGACUUAAACCUGCAGAUGCUUGACCUGAGAUUCAAUGCCCUCAAGACGGUGGGGAAUGGCACGUUAGCCGAACUGAACAGUCAGCCGGAGCUUCGGGUCGACCUCCGGGAUAACCCCUUUGUCUGCGAUUGUGGCAUUAAGGAAUUCCUGGGUUGGCUGCGAAGUACCGACAAGGUAGUGAAGAAAGGCAGCUUGCUUUGUGCGUCGCCGGAAAAUAUGGAAAAUACACCCAUCCUCCAGGCUGGAAACUCCGACUUGGAUUGUACCUACCAAGGUGACAUGGAGAGCGUUUUGCAAACUUCUUACGUAUUUCUUGGGAUAGUUCUGGCUCUGAUUGGGGUGAUCUUCAUGUUUGUCCUGUACCUGAACCGGAAAGGCAUCAAAAAGUGGCUUAACAACGUAAGGGAUGCGUGUCGAGACCAUAUGGAGGGUUAUCAUUACAGAUACGAGAUUAACUCAGACCCCAGAUUGACAAACCUUAGCUCUAAUUCGGAUGUGUAAUGCACAUUGAUGGGGAUAUUUGACUUAUUUAAGACUAAAGACAUUCUGGGUGGAUUUUUAAUGAUUAAUUAUUUGUAAUCGCUAUGCAUGUUGACAUCUAUACAUAACAAAUGGUUUAAAAGUUGCUGUCACUCCAUGGGAUCCCGACAGUGACAAAAGGUUUGACACUCACAGUGGGAAGUGUCCCAUGUACUGUGCGCGCGCGAGUGUGUGUGUGUGUGUGUGUGUGUGUGUGUGUGUGUGUGUGCGCGCGCGAGUGUGUGUGUGUGUGUGUGCGCGCGCGAGUGUGUGUGUGUGUGUGUGUGUGUGACCUUUUCCCCUCUUGCGACUUGUUGUGUAACAGUGCCAAAAAGGGAGCGCUAUUGGAAGGCAGUAAAGGUCUCCAAACUCUCCAAACAUAAUAGGCUACUACUUGAAACUUCGAGGAUUAAUUGCUACAGUAACCAUUUCACGAAAGAAUGAGGCAGAACAACCGAUAACAGCAAUAAAAACGGUGUUGUAGCAAACAGGUUUGGAGCAUUGUCUUCCCAAAUUUUGAAGUUUUAUCAUCGGUUUUCCCCAGCAGAACAACCGAUCUGCUUUAUUGUAAAUUUCAGCCGCUCAAAACAUGCUAGUCACAGAGGGAAAAGGCGCCUACUAUCGUCGCCCUACUUAAUUAUAACCAUAAGUCUUUAAAGUUUACCUGUCUCCCACGAACUUUACAAAACAAAGUGAUAAAUUAAGCCUUCGUUUUAAGUUUGUUGUGAACUCGAGUUCCAUUUAGGUAAGGGGGAUUAUUGCAAUAAAAAUUGUCCGUCCGUCUGUCUGCUCCUGUGAAACGGCACUGUUUGAAAACAUCUGGAUGCACGAAGAUCAAGGAGUCUCCCCACCCAUCCCCCAACUGUUAUUAAAUAGAGCGCCAUCCCCACAUGGAGAGUGAGUCCGCAGGCCUCUCUCCGAGUGCAACGUUAUCUGAGAACUCUGAAAUCUCGCUUGACAGCUGUCUAUUUCACGAGUGUACGUGCGUGAAAAUAGCAAAACCAGUUAAAUGCUGAGCCUCGCAAAUUCUUGUGAAUUUUUAUUGAAAGAUGCAUCUUUGCAACUCAAUUAAUUGUUUUGUAAUAUUUUCGAGGCUGCACAGACAAUUAAGCUAACUAAUCCCCUCGAUUAAAAUGAAGGAAACAGGCAACUGCCACAAAAAUAAAGGUUAACUAUGUUUGGCAAAACCAACUUGUAGUAAUCAGCAGUGAAGAUUUUUUAUAUGUAGUCCGCACGCACAUGGAGACACUCUGGAAAAGAUUCGUGCAGAGUGGAGAUGUAAAUAACAAAUAUUUGCACGAACAAGCUUGCAUUAUUUAUCGAAGUAGCGAAUUAGACCCACAAUCCAGUAGUGAACUACUAGAAUUUGAAUGCUUAGCAACACUUGGUAUAGUGCAUGAUUGUUCCGGGGAAGGACUGCACUGGGGUAAUACUUAGAGAAAAAAAAUAUUUGCUAGCCAGUGAGUGAACUCAACUCAUUCCAUUUGUUUGGCUCCUCAGCAUGACGGCAUCUUGCAACAUCGCCACAGCACGGAACGUUAAAACCUAAACAAUUGGCUGCUUUCAUGUAUGUGAUUUUCAUCUGAGCAUUAAUAGGUGUUGGAACCAUUUCACUUCAGUUCUUUUGUUCUUAGGUGCAUGCCAUAGAUGUGAAGCAUUCUUCACCUUAGGGUGCAUGUGCUGUGGAGAAGUUUAAAAUAUUCUCCUUGCUCUGAUUUAAACUUAAGAGAAGGUUAACAUUUUACAAAACAUACAGGGGAAGGUUUGAUGCGAUGAUUUAAUAAAGCCAGAUGGGAAUGUGAAAUAGUGCAAAGCUGAUUGUCCAUAAACUUCAGAUUUGUAAUUACAUAUCAAUCUAAUUCACUUGAAAAUAUUGUCAAUGAUGUGGCAGAUCGCUGGAUGAUGUACUGCUUGUCUUGGCAAAGAAUAGGCUUUGCAUCUUUCUUCAGACUAGCAAAUCCCUCUUCCGUCACAAACAGCAGGAUGUUCUUCAAACCCCUUAGUGUAAUGACACACCUGGUUGUAGAAAUUCUAUCAACUAAUAUUUCAGAGAAGUGGAUUGAAGACAGUAACUAAAAUCUAGUCUUGAAUUUGUAGUCAGGGUGAAAAAAUGUAUAGAACAGAUUGUACAAGUUGUAAAGAGAACAGUCACUAAUAAGAUCCUCUUAAUGAUAUGGCAGAAGUCUAUAUAAGCUCUGAGCUUUCACUAAAAUUUGCAACAUAACAUGACAUAAGGUCACAACAAUUAGAAAUUAGCAAGAGCAUUUUGUUACGUGGAUCCACCUAUUUGCUCUAUUCAAAAUCCACUUGAAAAAUGCAUUGUCCACUGGUAUUAGUCAUUUGAGUGGGAAAUAUGAUAUAUUGCAGUUCAGUUGAUGACUUUUUUCCAUACCUAUUAUUUGAAAUGUAUAUAUGUUUAUUUGUAUAAGAUGAUGUUAGUUAUAAAAUAGCAAUCUGACAUGAAUUUGUAGACCAUAUUUGGAACAUAUUUCUUGAUCAUAUGUACAGUAACUGUAAAAAGAAGGCAGCUUAGUCCCAUAAUAAGCUGCUCUUCGUAAACAGAUUCUGUUUUUCAUUGUUGCCAAUUGCUAAUAAUUGCUUCUGUUGUCAGUUUUGAAAAUUUUGUUCCAGUGUAUUCUGAAUUGUCUUCUGCAAGAAAAGAUAAGCAGGUAUGAUAUUUCAUUGAUCAAAAAAAAAGCACAGACAGAAAUCUAGGUUAAGGCCAUCUGGAGUGCAUUUUAUUCUGAUCUAUAUAUAGGCUUGCGCAGUGAAGAGAUGGCAAGAAAUGUGCUGAAUACAGCUUUCUACCAUGUCACAUCCUUGAUUAGUACCAUCGGUCUUAUGGUUACUGGCAAGAUAAACAAGGCCAUGAUGGGGAUGGUUGGGGGUGGGGGAGUGCAUUUACUAUUUGGUUCUUUAAUACUACUUAUGUAGUCAUCAAGAGAUCAUUGCAUGCAACAAAAAACAGUGUGGUAGAGAACAGAAGUUGGAAUAAAAAGUAAGUCGCCUUCCUAGAGCCCUGAAGAACAUAAACAUAUUCAAGCUGUACGUUGUUUGCUUACAAUCGCUUUGUUAAAUUUUAUUAAGAAAAUAAAUAAUAUUGUAGUGUG